GUAUGUUCAAACCAGUUUUGUCAGGAGCCGUCGAAGUGUAUAAACCAGUAAAUGUUGGCUGACUGCGUUUGCUUGAAAACUCAUUUGUUUAUUACUGUAUUACGGCGACGGGUAAAAAUUCGGCCGUGGGUGGUUUUUCCUACACUGAAUUUAGUUGUAACCCUUCGCCUACUGUCUUCCCCAUUUAUAGUACACAGUUCAUGACAGUUUAGACUGAAGUCUAUGCGAAUAUCAACAUUGAAAUUGGCAUACAACGCCGUGGAAGAAAAUGCUCGGCUUUUUGCCCUUGCGAUCGAAAUUUCAGGGGGUUCAUUUAAAUACCGGAAAUACUGUGUCGAAAAUAAGAACACUUUGUAGGAAGUUUGAUUCAAGAUUCCUUUCUACUGGUCAACUCUCUUCAAAUUCCCAGGACUCAAGGUAAGAAUGAGAAUAUAUAUGUAUAUUUUUUUCUCUCCGUUCAUAGAACCAAAUGUUGGUGUUUUAGUUCAUAUUAUCGGUACAAUUGUUUGAAGUAUAGAUCUUUUUGGACUAAAAAACCUUAGAAGACCUUAGAAAAAGACCUUAGAAAAAUAUUGUGAAGUGUAAAUUUUUACCAGCAUUCGAAGCAAAAUACUUUUAUGUUUAAAACUGAAGGAUCUCAGUACUGAUCUCGAUGAAGAGUGAUCGUUUCCAACGUUUCUAUACAAUUCUAUGCUAAAUUCCACACGGGUUUUAACUAAAGAUAAGCGCGACUUAACGAUCUCGUCACAGAGUAAAGCCAGAUUUGAGAUAUGAAACUGGUUAGUUAAACUUUGUUUUUUUUUUUCUUUUUUGCAUACCAAAUUUGAUAACAAUAUUAUUUGUCUUCGGGCUCAGUUUUUUGUCAAACAAACUAAGACACAUCACGCGCGAUCUCGGUUUUACUCCACCUUCAAGCUACUCCAAGAAGGUCUAUCAUUUGUUGGUGCAAUUGUCCCUUUUCAAUUUCAUUCACAACUGGUUAUCUUGCAGAAUAAAUGCAAAAGACAUGGGCAGUUUUCCGUGACAAGGAAACAAAACAAUUUUUUUCAACUCCGCUAUAAAGGCAGUUCUGCACGUGAAUUCGUCGUAUAAAAUGUAAUUUAACCAGCUGAAUGUCUUGGUCCUUAAUUUCUUUUACUCUGUAUAAGAGCGCCCGAAGUUUAAUCCACGAAAAGGACUGGAACACAUUGCGUGACAGUGUUUUGCUUUCAUGGAUGGCAGGACACACACACAACGCAUUUCAGCUGACGUAAUACAGUUUAUAAACAAACCCAUUCACAUAUCCGAAAGGCCAAUAAAAUGGCUAUAUUUGUCUUGACCCUUCAAUUAAGUCGAAAAUGAGACAGCAGUAAACCGGCCUUGCCUGUUUAACGGGAUAGUAGGACACUGAUGUACGUGAUGUUGUCUAAAACUCUUGAAUUUUACUCAACGCUCAUCGCCUUGCACGAAAUGUCAUUUUUAGAAACCAUUUGGUGGCCAGACGAAUUUUUUGCUCCGCGUCAACUGUCCGCAAACCUCGUAUUUUCGAAAAACGUCUGAUAAAAACAGGAAUCUCACUUUACAAAAUCUGAAAAAAGGGACUGCACUAGAUUGUUGAGAGAUCCGCUUGACUUAAGACAUGUAAAAAAACAUGUCUGCUAAGCAGAGGAACUGGGAACGAGGUUCGUCUGCACGGUUUGCACGCAGGCUCAACACGCAGUUUCACGUGAAAUAAAGUGUUAUCAAAUCCGGGCACCAGCUAGAGAGACAGCUUGCACCCCGGGGGUUUUUGAAGUGAUGUAAAAUAAGAUGAGAAUAGCGCGACAUUUCUCUUUCGCAAAUCGAAAUUGUUUCGUAAUAAGAGUUAGACAUUACGUAGCGUUUUCGGGAGCACGCAAUCGAUGGGCACUGUCGACACAAUCAAUAGGCCCAAGGCCAUACUGGUUUCCCUCUUUUAAAAACCCUAGGGUGAAGUCGCAACGAACGUAGAUCGGGAAUUACUAUAUUCCUCUGUGUAUGAACAAAGUGGGCUAAAUGCACCCUGGCAGUAUCCUUUAUGAUCACUCCGAAAAGAUGAUAAUUCAGAGGGGUUUUUUAUUUGUUGCAGCCAUAAACCGCUGAAUAAGCGUCUCAGAGAGGAUGCAGAAGUGGUUGUUAUUGGCGGUGGAGCCUUGGGUACUAGUAUUAUCUAUCACCUGGCAAAAGGUGGAAUGAAAGAUGUGGUUUUACUUGAGAAGUCAGAGCUCACAGCCGGCUCAACCUGGCACUCGGUAGGCUACUUUAACACCAGCGAUAAAUGGACCUUUAUCGGUAUAGGAGAUUUCAAUUGAAUGGCAACACCAUAGGUUUUCAUCCGCAUUCUCAAAAGUUAGAACCAACCUUUUCAAACUCAUCAAUAAUUCAUAAAGAAAAUACAAAGGAAUGUGUAAUGAGUGAAUGGAAAUCAGAUGAAAAACUGCUCAUUUCUGCAUCCUUAAUUUCUCCUUCUAAAAUCAUUUUGUUUGAGAAGUAAUAUCAAACAUUCGACAGAGUGUUUCAUCACCAGAUGAAACUCCUCGAAGUUCGUCAAACAUACUCCGCUGCGCGUCGUAUUUUCAACUCUCUUCUCGGUGUUUCAUCCGGUGAUGAAACACUGAAUCUCAUGCUUGGUGUAAUACCUGAAGCACAAGAAGGCAAGGAUGUUCCCCUUCCACUCUUUAAUCAUUUUCUUUGAGUCUCUCUAAGACGCACAUUUAGAGCAGGUCCCCACGGGGUGUGUACAGAGGGCGGGUGGGAUUGCACCACAUUUGAAUUUCACUUCAUCCUAUUGCUGAUCAGACGAAAAGCUGUACUCUCACUCAAUCUUUCAUUUCUGGUCUGACGGGGUUACUAGUAUUCUCAUCGUCAAUUGAGUUUCCGUUUUUCUUGCAGCUCGGCGUUACUUCGCAUUACAAUCCAGUUGUGAACAUGAAGCCAUUAACACACUACAGCAUGUUGUUAUACAAACAACUCCCUCAGGAAACCGGUCAAGUGAGUUCGGGGGGCGGGGGUUAUUCCUUAUAUUUGCCUUGCCUUAUAGGUUUGUGCCGCCCCAAAGGGUAUGGGUUUUGCUCCGUUUUGUCUGAAAACGGAUAUAGACUUUGCCUAUUUUAGUCUGAAUUCGGGUGUGGUUUUCCGGGAUAACUACAGGAGUGUAUAAACGUGUUUGUCUUUUCAAUUCGAAAUGAAUAAGAAAGAAGAGUAAUAUGCCAAUUCGAAAUGGAUUAAUCUUUUUGUUGCCAUUCUAAUAAGUAAUAAUGACAUAAUUUCUGCCUACGACAGGUCUGAAAACGGGUAUGGAUUUUAGAGGCCUGGUCUGAAAACGGGUGUGAAAAACGACAAUCUUUUGGUCUGAAAUAGGAUCGGGAUUUGGAGAACCAAACAAAUUCGCAGGAAUACCCCUGGGGGAAUAUACACCUGUUUAUGGUUAGUUUUUUUGCAAUAUCCUCGAUUUCAUGAGGUUCUAAAAAGUUGCAUCCCUUCCACCGAGGGAUAGCACAACCCAAUUCAAGCUUCUUUGACUACUUUGUCUCAACGAACGUGAUGCGAAUGCGUCAGAAUCCUGCAGUUGUUUCUUUCUUCACUUUCAUAUCACGGAGGAUUUUGUGAAUUAUUUUUCUCUUUUUUUUUGUAUCUUUUUUUUUCGGUUGUUAGGACGUAGGGUUUCACAUGUGUGGCAGUAUAAGAAUAUGCACAACUCCUGAAAGACUUGACGAGGCAAAGUAUCAAAUGCAGAGGCAUGGCUGGAUGAAGUCACCACAGAGGAUAAUUACAACAGAAGAGGUCACCAAGGUUCAUCCGCUUCUCAAUGUAGAUGAUGUACUUGGAGCUUUGUACUUUCCUGGUAAGGAAUCAUUAAUUAGCAUAGACGCUCUUUUUCUAUUCCAUUGGUUACACGGCUAUGUGGGUCGCGCUUUUCGAUGCUGUGGGGCUUUUGACUUGGAGACGACACAUGAGGGUCUCUUUCGAGUCUCUCUCGCAGUUUCCUGUUUGGCCUCUCUCUUUUGCCUUCUCUUCCCUUUACUUGGCUUGGUGGAAUAGUAAACGUCCAUUGUGGUAUAAUCACAGGCGGCCCAGACUCUGAAGACCAUCUGAGCUAGGUGAUUUGCCACUGUCCUUAUCCUUUAUUUAGAGCUACAUGACACUCUUUUUCGGAGUCUUUUUCGUUAGACUUUGAAUUUAUAAGAGAAUGUAUGAGAAUAAACAAAAUACGUCCUAAAAUCUUUAAAAUGGCUUUAGAAGCAAAGAAACAGUAAAUAACAAAACAAAAACACAAGGUGUGUAAUUUUCAUUUCUAUUUUUGUCAAACAAUGGAAUCACUUAGGACGUAUUUUGCUUAUUUUCAUACAUUCUCUUAAAUUCAAAGUCUAACGAACUCCCAGAGAGUCUGGGUAUAAUCAUAAUCAAACUUAUACGCAAUUAGUUUACUUUUCAUAAAUCGCGUUUUCAGAGGAUGGCUACAUUGACCCAUAUUCCUUGGCCCAGGCCCUUGCAAUUGGAGCGCGGAUGUAUGGGGCCGAGAUAUACAUGCCUGCACCAGUCACUGGACUCAAUCUCAGAUCUGAUGGAAGAUGGGAUGUGCUCACCCCACACGGGACGAUCAAAGCAAAACAGGUUGUUAAUGCGGCAGGUAACGGAAAUAGAAAUUAAUAUCAAUUUACUCUUGAUUGGUUCUUAGUUACAGCUAUAACAAUAACAAAUUCUGUUAAAUCAGGAAAACGGCUGUUUAGUUAGGCUUGAACAACACCUUUUAUCCAGAUUGCUCCGAGCGUUUUGAAGAUCUCAUAUGGUUCGAAGUGUCGGAUGAGGCACGAAAUGCUCUAAUUGUCAUUUUAUUUGGGUCAGGUAAUUGGAGAUUCUCCCCAACAGGUCAAGUGUGUUCUUCCGUGACUGUGUGGCUCUGAACAGAACUGUUGUUAACAUUAAGUGACGUGGGCUCAAACCGUUUACAACUGGGAUGUUCGUUCUGCCCCAGCUCGCAGCUUCACGGGUCUACCUUACAGUUAUACCUUAACUACAACACUAAAACAAGAACUGCGUACUUAAUCUAAUCUUGUCUAGGAAGUGUUUGGUUGUUUGUAGCAUGUAAAAAUGCAGAACGAUCACUUGAAAUUGAGCUUUAUUCGGCAAUAUUGCUUAUCAACAAAUAACGUCUUCCUUUUUGUUUCUCGUGAAGGUUUUUGGGGGCGAGAGAUAGGACGCAUGGUGGGAACCGAGCUUCCCUUGGGCGUGGUACAUCAUCAGUACUUGGUAACUGGAACAAUUCCUGAAGUAGCCAAUUUAAAGAAAGAACUUCCUUUCAUGAGAGAUUUGGAGGGUUCAGUUUACACUCGCCAGGAGAGACAAGGGAUUGCAGUUGGGGUCUAUGAGAGUGCUGACAAAAUGAAGAUGAAAGAUGAUUGGUAAGUUUGAGGAUCUUAGGAGGUUUCACUCUGUCAGCAGAGUCUCGCUGUUGCCUGCUCGAUUUGGCGUUUGAAGAAAGUCUCUGCAUGAAUCGAGUAAGAUUUUUGUUGAUAGUUGCUGGGUCAGAUCUGCUUGGGUCAAAUCAGGCAUGUAAUUAAUCUCUAUGCCUAUUUUCUAGGUGGGAUGCGGUACCUGAGGGUUUCGGAAAGGAAUUAUUCGAAAGUGACUUGAACCGAAUCAGCGAUUACAUGGAAUACUCCAUGAAACGAACACCUGUGCUAGCAAACGCUGAAAUUACAAGUGUUGUAUCAGGUCCCAUUACCUACUCACCCGACGCUAUUCCCCUGGUUGGUCCCGAUGCACGGGUUCCUAAUAUGUGGCUGGCCCUCGGGACGGGUUACGGUAUUGGUCUGGCUGGUAGGUUCAUUCAGACUUUAAUAAUCACCACAUUCAAAUCCUGCUGUAUUAAGUAAUACAAAUUGACCAUACAGCGUAAAACAGUUUAAAGCUAAGGAAAUUCUCGGGCUGUUUUUUCUUUGCUGGUUUCCUCAGUGGUCGAUUUGCGCGCGAUCCACCUGAAGAUCAUUUCGACACUGGCAAAACACACCACCAAUUUAUUAAGUAAGGCUUGCACAAAUGUGGAGAGCCCUUAAUCCUUUGAUUACGCAAAGCUCUUGUCGGGUCGUUUAAGUUUUAGUUGCAAAAUAACUUUGAGAUCUUUGCCGGCCCGAGAUAAAGCAAAUGGAGCGAAAGUUAUUCUGCGAAGUUAGCUGUCAUGGAAAGCUAAUGUAGCCUGGUGCUCAUCUCAUCUUGUUUUAUACUCGAUAAAAAUUAUUCCAUCUUUGAACUGCAUUUUACAGGUGGUAUCGGCAAAUACUUAUCUGACUGGAUGAUUGAAGGAGAACCGCCUUUCGACCUCAUUGAAUGGGAACCGAAUCGCUAUGGUAACUGGGCCACAAGAGAAUACGUUUUGGCAAAGGUUCGAGAGACGUAUGGUCUGAACAAUGAAAUGAGUCAUCCUAAGGUAGAAAGGUGGGCUGGGCGACCAGUUAGGAUGAGUGGUAUCUACAAGGCAAGUCUUAACGGAAAGUUCUUUUUCUCGAACCUGUCCGACUAAAGGAGAUCACAUUUCUAUACAUUCAAUAUUUGUAUGACCUCGCUUAUCCACACUGACGAAUGCUGGAUAGUUUAACCGUUUUGCUGGUUAGGUGUUCACAGCAAGAAGUUGAGUUUGUUAACAAGGAUUUUCUUUAAUGUCGUUUAACAAAGUUAAACUCAACAUUGUAUCACAUGGCUUUCAUUAUAAGUGUGACUUUUCAGAUGCUAACAGACAACAAAUUAACGAAUCAACUGUAAAGAACGAAAUAAUUCAGACUAAAUAUAUCAAAAAUAUACGAAUGCCUGUACGAACGAUAUCCGGACGCAACAGUCUACUCUAUGACUAGAAAAACGAACAAAUCGUAAGCCAGGCAAAUUUUGAAUCAUAUUCCUGGUAAGGAUGAUGAAAAGAAAUCUAGUAAAAAGAGCUUUUAAGCUCUUAAACUUUUAAACUUUUAAAAAAGUUUAGACGAAGCUGCAAAAAGAACUAAAAUUUCUCGACUACGCCUUUUUGUAUCUUUUUGCAGAGGCUGUGUGAGCGUGGCGCGCAGAUGGGCAUGCGCUCUGGUUGGGAGCAGCCCAACUGGUUCGCCCUUGAUGGUGAUGAGCCAGGUUAUAAACCCAGUUUUCGACGGACAAACUGGUUCGAGCCCGUUGGUCGAGAAUGUGAUCUGGUCCUGAAUAAAGUUGGCGUUAUAGACCUGUCUCCUUGUGCUAAAAUUGAGGUGACAGGAAGUGGCGCUGGUUCUUUUCUAGAUGUGAUUUUUGCCAAUGAACUACCCAAGGUAAGAUAGUUAUUUUUUAUUGCUGGAAAAAAUUCAUUGAAAACACAGAACUUAUGAUGGCUUUUUUUAGUAUGGUUGGAUUCUAUGCUUCACCUAUUUACAAAAAAAGUUAAUUGCGUUCUGUUAGAGGGUAUUCCAAAUACUGAUAUAACUUUGCCUUGGAACGUUAUUUCUUUAAACAAGACAAGUACAUUCGGCGUUGCAGUUGGACACUAGGCUCGAUUUCCGUCUCACUCUUGGUUCCGGUCUUGUUUGGACUGUUCACAGCUCCCUAUUUUGCCGUAAGAUCGUCGAGAUCAAGCGCUUUACUUUGCUUAGAGGGCGGCCAUCUUAGAUGAGUGUCAAAUCUACUUAGGGGACGGGAGAAGGUUUGGGAGGAUGCUUUAGACCCCGACGCCCGCCUACUCGUUACAUAUCAGUAACAAAAUGGCACCAGAUGAUGUUUUUCUGUUGUUAAUAAAUCCUCCGAGCAAGAAAAAACCAGUGCAAAAGUUAAUUGCAAAAUACGUAUUCGACUGCUAUGAGAAAAAAAGAUCAUUAGUUCUUUAGGUUAACAUUGAUUAUAGUUCCACUAGUGUGCAAUGUGUGUUAUGAUUUUAAAUUAUUUGGAUAAAGUCGAUGUACAUAGGACUGUAUAAGACUCCAAAUAAAGCAUUGUCUUGUCUUGUCUUGUCAUAUGAAAUCACGAUGGCCGCCCGCACCGGUAAGAGCUCGGUCCUGACGAUCUUACGAAAAACAGGGGACUGUAAACAGUUUAGGUGGUGUUGUGCUCAUUACCCAAACAACGGCUAAAAUUAUUUUUUGUUAAGGAUUUCCCUGUUAUAUCACAAUUAUUAGAGACCUUUAGAUUCGAAGACGAAAACGACUACGAGUACGAGAUUUGACUGAAAGAUGUUUAGCGUAUUCUCCAAAAGUAGACACCUCGGAAAGCUUCACUGUACUUUUGAAUCACCAGAAAAGUUAGCACAGUUAUCUUAAUUGAAGGAGGUUUAGCCCUCUCCCAUUUGCAAAUUGAUAAAGCUUCCAACAUUUCAGUGAUGAAACUCGUAGUAGAGUGACGACGAAUGACGACGGCUGUCGAGUUUUCCCGCCAAAAUGACGCUUGCUCACGCGCGAGCACUACUUAGUAUUGAGAAAAUCUCAUGCUCGUAGUCGUUCCCGUCUCAGAAUCUAAAGGUCUCUAUUUGUUUAUCUUCCUUGAGUGUCGAUUUACAAUGAGCCUGCGAAAGAGCUGUCGGGGAAAGUGGUCGAGGAAAUGAGUUCUCUCCUCUUACUGUACUUUUAGGUGGGACACACAAACAUAAGCCUUAUGUUGACACCAAAGGGGAAAGUGUACGCGGAAAUGAACGUCUCUUGCUUGGCGCCAGACCAUUAUUUGUUGGUAACUGGAAGUUCCAGCGAGUUUCACGACCUCAGGUAUAUACUACUUUGUAUAUCGAAGGCUUCAUCUAGUUUUAUAUUUCAAUUGAGAGUUGUUGUUCCUGGAUUCCAGCUGGGGAGUUAUGGGAAGAGGCUAGCCUAUGUAGCCGCUCCUCCGGUUUUGUUUGAGGGGAGUGGGCAGCUGCUCAGGGUAACUGUGCAGGCUACGAAGAGGCAAGCUCAAAGGAGAUUAGGAGCGGAAAGACAAACCAAACAAAUACGAGAUAGAGUCGUGUUUUUUUUCCAAGCAAAAUUAGGCGUCGAGUAGUUUGUUCAAUAAGAUACAAAACUUGCUCUUUCACAGGUGGCUGCUGGAAAAUCAGCGUAAAUUUAAUUAUGAUGUCCAGAUCAAGAAUAUCACUGAUGACGUGGCCUGUCUGGGCAUCGCUGGACCUCGAUCACGUGAAGUUCUUUCGAAGCUGACGUCGUCCCCUUUAAGUGAUGAGGCGUUUCCUUAUUUGGCGUUUAAAACCAUUGACUUGUGUGGACUACCUGUUCAGGCCUGUCGCUUUUCCUUUACAGGUAAGAAGAUACACAUUUCAUCUGAUUUGACCUUAAGAUAAAUCCGGUGGAUUUUUUUGUUAUAUAAAAAGGAGAUCUCUUACUAAUUUAAUACAUUAAUUUUAGACUAAAUAAUUCAGUCUUAUCGGGGUGUAAUACCCUAGACUAAAUUUUGCGAAAUACCGUGGCUGAAUCUUUUUCUAUUUUUUCUUAUUCAUUUGGCACAAGUCACCAUGUCGAUCACAUCGAACAGAUUUCAGAUUUUAUUUUAUUCGCACUAUUUCAAAAGGUUACUACAAAAAUUACGAAAAUAUACAUUACAAAAGUAAGAAAAAAAUAAAACAGCAAAUUACAUAAAUCAUCGAAGGUGCAAUGUGCGCAGUGACCAAAGAAGAUGAGGCUUUCUAGUUGGUCACUGCGGCGUGCAACUAACUGGCGUAGACAUUUACAAAAAACUAAAAGUAAAACAUUUACAUAAAAUUACAAGCCUUAUUGCAGUUUGCAUACUUUAAAACUUUUUAUGCCAUAUAAUCGUACAUCAAAAUAAGCUUAAUCACUCUUCCAUAUCUAUGCAUCAAGCUAAAUGCUGGUAUUUUAAUUUUGUAGGUGAGUUGGGUUGGGAGUUGUUUCACAACAAAAAUUACACUGCUCUUCUUUACGAAGCCUUGUUGAGGGCCGGUGAGGAUUAUGGGAUCGGAGACUUCGGCACGUACGCAGUAAACUCACUGAGACUAGAGAAAGGUUUCCAUGCCUGGGGAUACGAGGUACAAUAACAAUCGACUACAAGUAGUCCCCAUUUUCCCUCUGGGAUAGUAGAGCGAGCGAAAUGCGAGCGCGCGUGAUUUUUCUCUCUCCCCGGCGCGUGUCGCCUUUUCUCGCUUGGGGUGAUUUUCACGCGCGCUCGCGUUUCGCUUGCUCUACUAUCCUUGAGGAAAAAUGGGGGAUUACUCGUAGUCUACAAUAACAAUAAUGGUAAUAAUAAUAUUAAUAAUGACUAGGGUAUCUAAAAGAUAGUAAUGCUGCGGCACAUUCUGUUGAUACUGGCAUUAGUUAGGCAGUGGGACGUAAAAGAAUCGAAAAUGACAUUGAAUGUCCUGUUUACAUGUUGGAAAGUACUAGAAUAAUUACUAUCAGUCUAUAUAAAGAACUCGUGGGAACGUUGUUUAAAAAAUGAUCAAGUGGUUAUCAACUCUGGUUUUCCACAGUAAAUUGUAGGAAGUGAUAGAAAUUCAGAUUGUUUGUCCAUAUAUUUAAUAUUGGGUGUACUAUCUUUUCUCUGGAAGCAUGAUACUUUUCUUGCUGUUUAUUGCACUUUAUUAAGUAACAGUUAUUUAGCUAUAUAUUUAUAGAAAACAACAACACAAAAAACAGAAAAAAAAGAAAGAAGGAAAAAAAGAGUUCGGUAGGACUCGAACCCGGCACCAUCGGCUCGACGCGACUACACCUCACCACUACACCACAGAGACUGAUUACGUCAUUCAGGGAAAAGUCUUUAAUUUAAUUCCUUUUCCGUGAAACUUCCGCCGGCAAGAUGAUCGCCAGCCGCAUUAAUCGAGCUAUUAACAGCGAAAAAACAAUGUAAAGGCAUAUUCCAUGGCAAUGAAUGAAUGAAAGAACAUAAUGAUGCUUUUCAAAACACCGAUACACCUCCUCGUCUGCAACGUAGGACACAAAACAUAUCUUUUGUUAUCUCGAUUUGCGCUGUUAUUUUGAAGCGAAUGGUCAAAAUCACAUCCAUUUUCGGCUCAUACAGGUUCUUAAGAAUAGCAUGGCGUGACAUUUUCUCACUUUCACAUCACCUUCUAGCAAGCUGGAAUUUGUAUAUCCCCCGUGUUGCGGAGUCGAAGAGCAAAUACUCAUCUUCUCGUCAGGUUUAACACCUGGACGAGUCAAAGGCUCUUGAAUUGCAAUCCAAUCCCCAAGUUAACCAUCGUACUCAUCUGAAAGACUCCUGCGUGUCUUAAAUUUGGUAAGACCUCGAACCGUGCUGUAGAAAAUUUGCUGCAGAGAAAACUCUGAGUCUGGGCAGCGAACGAUGCGAACUUCCCCGUGUUUAUAUUUGACUUGUUCGUGGCGCAAUGCACUCUGGUUAAAUGCAAUGCAUUGUGGUAAAAAGUGAUGAAUUCGAGAAUUCGUCGCCCCUUAUAUAUUUCCCUUAAAUCCUGAUUAUGUUGCUGCUCGCUCCCUACGGUCGCUCCACAGCAAUGAUAAUGAUAACGGUGCGAUGGCGAUGACGUUGAUUAUGAUGAUAAUGAUUAUGUAUAGUGAUGAUGAAAAACAAUGUGCGCCAUGUCCAUUUUUCGUAUACUGAUACAUCUACCUUUCGAAUUAUUUAUCGUUAUUUUUAUUUAUGUUUGUAUACAGAUGAACAUGUCAACAAACCCAGUUGAGGCGGGUUUAAUGAGUUUCGUAAAAUUACACAAGGUAUGCAACAAGACUUAAAGGUUAUUCGUCUAAUUCUCUGUUUAAUGUAGCCCAAGGAGGUACGUUCGUCACAUAAUCCAGCUUGUGGCAGCCAACCCUAGCCGAUUUAGUAAUGGUGCGUGGGUAGCCUGUUGAUAGUUUUUUGAGAGAUCGAACCCUAUGGAGUCGGUUUUCUUCACAUUGCUGCUUUCUAGGCGUCGACUGGAAUUCAGUAAGUAAGCCAUGUCUGUUCCUCUGUCAUGGUUGCCCCCUUACCUUUUAUCAUGUUCUCUUUAUUUUCUAUAACAACUUAACCUUAAUCCGCUUGAUCUCGGUAGGGUGUCGACUUUAUUGGACGAGAUGCUCUUCUUCAACUGAGAAAGGAAGAUUGUAAGCGUCUUUUGUGUUUUUUAACUGUCGAUACAACAGACAAGGACCCUGAAGGCAACGAAACUGUGUGGGUUCAAAAUCAGGUAACGUUGAAUAAAUUUGAUAGCGUGCUGAAGACACAAAAGAUGAAGGCUAUAUCGCUUCGCAAAUAUAUGUAUUUUUUAAUCACACGCCCAACUGUGUUAGCCUGAUUAUCAGAUGUCCGGGGUCGAUCGCGCCCCCUUCGCUCCUCUCCUUCGGACUUUGGUCGUCUGAUAAUCAGGCUCGCACUGUGUUGGCCUGCUGCGAAAAGACGGACAGUCUUGGCAUGGUGUCAUUUGGGGAAGAGAAUUUCCCAAAAAGAAGUUAAGUCAUCACUAGUUUUCGCUUGUAACCGCCUUAAGACAUUUUGAAUUCAACCUCUAACUAAAUCCAGCGAGCGUUAAAAGUUGGGGCCAUUUUUAAAGUUAUGACGUAACAUGGGCCAAUUCCAAAGCUUUCGGUCGGCCUUAGAGGGAAGUAAAAAAACAAAAACAAACAAAGAAACAAAAGGAAACAACUCCCCAGAUUUGAUGUCAAAUCUGUAUCAACAAGAGCCAUUACCAUUAUGGCUCUUGGUAUCAAGCGGCCUCAAGUUACUGCUUAGUGCUAAAUCUCUCUACAAUGAUCUAUGCCCUAUUAGUAAAAUCCAGCUAGUGGUCUGUUAUCGAUGCUGCGUUCUGAUUGGUUGAGCUACUACUAGGCUAUAUGUUAUAUCCCACCAGAAGCGAAAAGCGCGGGCUUUUUGGCGGCAAAAAAGGAUUAAAGUCUAGCUUUAACUAGUUUAAAUUUUUUUAUUCUCGAUAUUUUUGACCAACUCGCCUUUAUGGCCUCUGAGUCAAUAGCCCAUUCGGCCUUUGGCCUCAAGGGCUAUUGACUCAGAGCCCAUUCGGGCUCGAGGAAUAAUUGUUAAUUAUACAAUGAUGUGAAUACUACGCGCGCCGUGAUUGGUCGUUGCCUAUGAUCUAUCAGAGCUACAUGCAGAUACAUAGAAGACGUCAAGGGAAACUUGUUUUCUUUGUUUUGUUCAACAUAGCGCGCUAUUUUGAAAAUGUUUUUGAGAUUAUUUCGGCAAGCACGUGAAAGCCUCAAAAAACGUUUAGCAGGAGCUAUUUACAAAGAAAAAAAAAAGGAGAAACGGAGACAAAAAGAGCUCUUGACUACUUGAGAAUGCCUAAACUACUUGAAAUCUUCACAACAGUUGCAAUCGUGUGUCAUCGCUACGACAGACUCGCUGUUUUGCAAAAUGUUUUCGCCAAUAUCCUGCUUUGAGCAAGAAAAGGCGUUGAAAAACUUUUCGAAGAAACUGCAUACAACUAAGAUAAGGAAAAAAAAAAAGAAGAAGCAGAGACGAAAAGUAGUGCUUGGGACUUAAAAAAUGCCUAAUUUAGCACAAAUCCUCGAACAGUCAAGCGGUACAAGGCCGGUAUGUGUAUCGGUCUAUUUUCUUUUCUGAUCAUUGUAUAAAACAAAUAGAUUCCAUGUCGCCGUGGGUCUGUUCAGUAAUAGAUCACAGAGGACGUCAAAAUGUGGUGAAAACAUCAGUGCUCACCUGUGGCUCGUGUGCCACUUCUUUGUUUUUACCACAUUUUGACGUCAUCUGUGAUCUACUACUGAACAGACGCACGGCAACAUGGAAUCUAUUUGUAAAAAUGUUGUCAAUAUUCAGGGGCACCCAACGUCAAAUUUUCGGAAAAUAUCAGUUCGGAAGACGAUUUGAGAUCUAGAAUUUUCGGAACAUUUUUUGUAAAAUUUCUUGCUUGCCUGCCUCUCCUAGGCUUUUCGAACAUCUAAAAAGUGGUAUAAUUGCCCAUUUUUAACGGAUUUUUACCCUAAAAAGGUCACCUAGAAUUUUCGGGAGCCUUUUUCUGGCUGAAAUUUUCGAAAAGGUAAGUUUUGAUCCCUAUAAUAUUCGGAUCACUAGACUUUCAGCUAGGAAAUCCGAACAGAUGAAAAAUUUUUAGUGGAUAAAAAUAUGCCUAUAUCUACCGUUUAAAUACUAAAAUACAUUUAACAAUGCUAUGUUUAAGUGGUUUUGUACUAUAUUCUCGUUGGGUGCCUCUGAAUGUUGUGCGCCGGUGCUCUGGUAACGGGUGUAUUUCCUGUUUAGGUUGUAGGAUUUACGUCCAGUGGUUCAUACUGUUACCAGCUAAAGAAGAGCAUGUGCUUUGCCUAUUUGCCGGCUUAUUUGACCACGCUGGGAUGUCAAGUGGAGGUGGAAAUGCUAGGAAAUAAGUACCCCGCAGUUGUCGUCAAACAACCAUUAUUUAAUCUCGAGCCAAUACGCGGGCCUACUUUGUAUCAGAACGGAAAGACCGGCAUGCUUGCCAGCGGAUGAACGCAAAAGAUCUGGCCUGAUAUCAAGGCUUAACUCUUCUAGUGUAGUUAUUCCUAGCUCUCCUAGUCUUGUGAAUGUGUAGAGAACGCAAUGCAAAUAUCUAGCCUCAUCCAUUCAGCGGGAAUACCGCGUCAGUAGCCUUUGAGUUUGUGCGUCCCAUGAUUUCGGCUUCUUGGAUAGCUACCCGAAGUUAUACGAUUUCUGAAACCAACUCGCGAAUAUUUCACCAGACAACGAGUCGAAUUCACGAAAUGAUGUUCUGGGCCUAUCUUAUCCUAUCCGUAACUUUUUUUUUGUAAUAGCCAAUGACGCGCAAAACGUUAAAAAAAAAGUUGCCUCAAGGUAGGGAGAAUACCUCUUAAAAACAUAGAAUCUUAACCCGCAUACUUUUGAGAAACUGGAAAUUACCUGGGCGCACCUUGCAUCAGAAUGUUUAGGCAUUAUAGAGAGUUGCUUUGCUUUUUAACGAAGCUAGGCUGACAUUUCAGCAGUAUUUAGCUACGAAACUGAAUGAUGAGGGGUGCAUUUUUCUCUAUAGAGUAUUGCAUUCCUCGCUGGUUGCUACUGAGGAAUCAUAUAGCUUUCGAGGUAUGUCGUUGCUUGUGGUCCGAAACUUACAGAGCUAUCGAAAAGUCAGGACUAGCCGGCCAGACCGGUUAUUUUAAAAAUGAAAUAGAAUUCUUUUUAUAUUUUUCCCAAGAUACCCGUCGCUGCUGAUAUCGUUUUCUGAUUAAUGAUAAUAUUUUUGCCUGGACAGCCUGUUCUGACUAAUGGGAAGUGCCCUUAGUUCAACCUGUUUCCUGAUUUAUAAACCGUCCAUGCGGACCAUACUCUUUAAAAAUGCAGUCAAUUAAAAAUAAAUCAAACACCUCUAGACAGC